AUGAAUACUGUUGCCAUGCUCAACAUUUACUCCUCCCUCCCCGCGUUGUGCACUUACGAUAACGUUGAGGAGGCCAGGGUGUUUCAUUUCGAAGACAGUUUGACGUUGAUUUCCACAAACGAGUCAGAUGAACAACAGAGACUUAAGAGAUGGGAGGGUGGGGGCAUAGUCAGCACUCAGCAAGGAGUUCAUUGUGACAAUACGCACUGCUACUUGUACGGAGCUCUUCGUAACCUCGUCGUAACCUCGGGAUCCUCUGCGAGCGGAUGGCCUCCAAAGGCACAAUGCUGUUCGCAAGAUGGAAUUGUAGAAUUUUCGACAGUAAAAUAUACCAAGAUUGAGAUGCUGAUCAGUCCCAUUGUUGACAAACCCAGCACGAGCUUGCCCUUAGAAUUUGCGAUGGCCUUGGGUAUCGAGGAAGUAUACCUACUCAUCGAGGACGACAUGGGAAAAUACUGUGCGAGUGUCGCUCGUUCAUGGAGUCCUGAUGGGAGAAGACAACUGCUGGCAGCUGCGAUCGAGGAAGAGCAACGUCAGACUCAGGAACUGCACGACAAACUCAAUGAGAUCACCUCACACCGCAAUGAGCAUGUACAACAAACUGAGUCGUCAGCGCUUCAGCAGACCUAUCGAAGGGGCGAAUACUGCCGCUUCCUCAGGGACCGAUAA